AUGACUGGCCAUACAUUCGGUCAAGGGUCCUCUUUCGCAAUUGACGAUGCAGUGGUGUCUGACGGCGAGAAGGCACGACCGCAUGUGGACAAGAGCUUGGGUAUAGCGCAGAAACAGAGAGUGAUCACCUUGAAGGCACGACCUUCUCCAUACGCCUACGUUUUCUACGCCACUCAAGACACCUACGCCUGUUCCGUACUCGUAAACAUCCGCCAGCUCCAAGGCAUACACAAAACACCCCACCGCAUCUUCGUCCUGAUCACCAAAGAUAUCUCUGCCAACUAUGUCUCCGCACUCUCAUCCACCGGCGCAAUGUUAUCUCUGCAGAUCCCUCCACCACUAAGAGAGGGCACCGAAGGCGGUGUAUACUACAGAGACUGCCUCCUGAAACUUUUUGGAUUCAAAAUGCACCGCAUUGACCCCUCCCUUAAAAAAGUUAUCGUGCUGGAUUCCGACCAAUUGAUCCUUAAACCUCUUGAUCAUCUCUUCUACAUGGAUGCUCUCAAUGCCGAUCUAGCAGCACCAAGAGCCUACUGGAUAGACAAACAAACAUUUAGCACUGCGUUCAUGGUCAUCUCGCUGUCUGAUCGCACAUGGCGGAAAGUUGAAACGGCGUUGCAGAAUGUCAAGAUUGAUCAAUAUGACAUGGACAUAGCUAACGAGGUGUUUGGAGAUGAAGUGUUGAUGUUGACAGGGAGUUUCGUGGCACUGAACAGUCAUUGGGAAGAUUGGAAUCUCCCGCGUUGGUUUCAUGCACCUGAUGUUAUUGUUACUGAGCCAGUUCUACCGUCGAUAUCAACGAAAGCCGACGAUAAGUCAUUGGCUACAGACCACUCACACCCCUCGAGUGGUCGACUUCCCGAUACCAUUCCAGGCAUCAUCAAUGCUCCCAAAGACAAAAAGCAUGACCGACCGUUCACCCCAGACCGAGAUCCAACAAUCACCGAACACACCGACCUCAAAAGCCGCUACCUCUACAAUCAAUUAUUCGACCUCUACAAUCAAGUGUCCGUAUUGCAUUACACGGCCAUGACAAAGCCUUGGGGCACAAACGCGAUGAUGAUCGACCAAGGGCGACCAGACGCUCACCCGUUAUUGAGAGAGCAAUUCAUGGCUUAG